GUUGGUCUCCCGAAGCCGGGGGAGGGUGAAAACGUGAGUUCGGGAAGCCGAGGAGGCCGGCGCCUGGCACCGCACGAGGAAGCCGCUGGCCCGGACGCGGUGCCCACGGGCAACCCAGGCGCCCCGGGCGCUCCCUGGGCCCGAGGGCGGGGCCCCUAGCCAGGCGGCCCCUCCCCGCCCCUCCCCGCCCCUCCCCGGCCCCGGCCUCCCCAGCUCUACCGGCCCUCCCGCUGGCGAAGCGGCACUCGGGCACCCGCGCGCGCCCGGACCAGCAGCCGCGAGCCCGCCGGCCGGGGCCAUGGGCUGCGACGUCCGCGUGUCGGGGCUGCUCCGCCGCAACCUGCAACCCACGCUCACCUACUGGAGCGUCUUCUUCAGCUUCGGCCUGUGCAUCGCCUUUCUGGGGCCCACGCUGCUGGACCUGCGCUGCCAGACGCACAGCUCGCUGCCCCAGAUCUCCUGGGUCUUCUUCUCGCAGCAGCUCUGCCUCCUGCUGGGCAGCGCCCUCGGGGGCGUCUUCAAGAGGACGCUGGCCCAGUCGUUAUGGGCACUCUUCACCUCUUCUCUGGCCAUCUCUCUGGUGUUCGCCGCCAUCCCCUUCUGCCGCGACGUGAAGGUGCUGGCCUCGGUCAUGGCGCUGGCAGGCCUGGCCAUGGGCUGCAUCGACACCGUGGCCAACAUGCAGCUGGUGAGAAUCUACCAAAAGGACUCUGCGGUCUUCCUCCAGGUUCUCCAUUUCUUUGUGGGCUUUGGAGCUCUGUUGAGCCCCCUCAUCGCCGACCCCUUCCUGUCUGAGGCCAACUGCUUGCCUACCAAUAGCACAGACAACAGCACCUCUGGCAGCCACCUGCUCCAUACCUCCGGGGUCCUGGGUCACCACCACGCUGCGGCCCAACCUUGGUCCAACCAGACACUCCCUGGGCUGCCCUCGCAGGACGGGGCAGGGACCCGCGUGUCCUAUGCCUUCUGGAUCAUGGCCUUGAUCAAUCUCCCGGUGCCCAUGGCUGUGCUGUUUCUGCUGUCCAAAGAGAGGCUGCUGACCUGCUGCCCUCAGAGGAGGCCCCUGCUCCUGUCUGCAGAUGAGCUCGCCCUGGAGACACAGCCUCCUGAGAAGGAAGACACUGCCUCGCUGCCCCCAAAAUCUCACUCAGGCCAUGAGGACCUGUUCAGCUGCUGCCAGAGGAAGAACUUCAAAGGAGCCCCUUCGUCUUUCUUCGCCAUCCAUGUCACAGCCGCCCUGGUCCUGUUCAUGACUGAUGGGUUGACGGGGGCAUACUCCGCUUUCGUGUACAGUUACGCAGUGGAGAAGCCGCUGUCUGUGGGACACAAGGUGGCCGGUUACCUCCCCAGCCUCUUCUGGGGCUUCAUCACCCUGGGUCGGCUCAUCUCCAUUCCCAUCUCCUCCAGAGUGAAGCCAGCCACCAUGGUUUUCGUCAAUGUGGUUGGCGUGGUGGUGACGUUCCUGGUGCUUCUCGUUUUCUCCUACAACGUCGUCUUCCUGUUCGUGGGGACAGCCAGCCUGGGCCUGUUCCUCAGUAGCACCUUUCCCAGCAUGCUGGCCUACACUGAGGACAUCCUGCAGUACAAAGGUUGUGCGACCACAGUGCUGGUGACAGGGGCAGGCAUUGGCGAGAUGGUCCUCCAGAUGCUGGUCGGCUCGAUAUUCCAGGCUCAGGGCAGCUAUAGUUUCCUGGUCUGUGGCGUGAUCUUUGGUUGCUUGGCUUUUACCUUCUAUAUCUUGCUCCUGUUUUUCCACAGGAUGCACCCUGGACUCUCAUCAGCCCCUCCCCAGGACAAACCACUUGGAAUGGAAAGCCUGGAGCGCUACCAGAGGUAAAACUAGGUGAAAGAGGCAGGCGAAGACUUCUGGCCCCUCGAACAAAGGGCUGAAGAAGGCUGGGGUAGCAGCAGAGGCAACCUCUCAAUGCCUCGGUUCUGAUCUUCACUGACACUUGGUUGGGUAGAAGAAAUUAAAUUGAGUUCUGGUACCUGGGUCCUCCCUGGGCAAAUCAUUAGAAGCUGACCUGGCUAUCCAAGCGACCACCCCCUUCCCUGGCUCAGACUUUUGGUAAGAGCGGGCCGGGAUACCCACCGGGAGGGAAGAACAUGGCUAGAUGCUUCCCUCCAUUGGCUGCCUCCUGCAUGGACCACACCCUGGGUUUGAAGAUCACUCUUAGUUGAAGUUUGACAAAAUAAGUUGAAAUUAUAAAGAGCUAUCUGUAGAUAAAUUUUAAGUUAAUCAAGACAAACCCGAAGUUAUUCCCUGGCAUGCUCAAAGGAUUUGUGUGCUUUUACUUAUUAAUAGGCCAAAGUCCCUCCAAUUCCUGCAGCUGCUAUCAGGAGUUCAUCUAUAAUCUAAAACAUGGGCAGGAAAAGUUGCAUCUUGCUACCUUUGUGACAUUAAUUUGGUGGUAUGCUGGGCUAGUGCAUUCCAGCUUAUAAAAGCCAAUUGUUACACUUGCAUUUUGAGAGCUGGUUGUUAGACACAGCCGUUAUUUAACAUUAAAUCCUAGAAAUGAUUAUCUUCGUUUUUAGUGGAAUUUAACUACAACUCCUCAAAACUCACCACUCCCUAAUUGUUUUUAAACCUAUGCUCUUGAGGGUAUGUGUUGUAUCUGCAGGGUAGACAUAAACCAUGUAAAGGUGGGCUUCUGUGUGUGUCUUUCCAACUCCACUUUCAGCGUUGUUAGCGGCUUGAGAUCAGCCAUGGUGGGGGUAUUUACACCAUAGAAAUUGGCAAAAGCUAUAACCAGUGGCUCUAUUGUCCCCCUGGAGAGCCAUUUGAUAAAGAUACACCAGCAUACCACUGCUAGCUAUUCAUGCUAAUGGGUCCAGAAGAUGCCUGGGAGGAUGGAAUGGAUGUUCGGCUUUCCUUACUGCCUAUGUAAAAGGUAUAGAAAUAGCAUGAUGACUUUCUCAAAGAUAUCUUACUUUACAUCUUCUAUGGGGCAGGGGGAACUAUUUAUAUAUUCCAUGUCAAAGUUCUUUAUAACACAAAGCUGGACUACUGAACAAUUCAGGCUGUGCGGUAUACUGAAAGCUAUGUCUGUCCAGGAGUGUCACUUUCUGUCCAGGUCAGAUCUGGCAGUAAGACGGAGAGAGCAGGCAAACUCAGCAGCUUGGCGGGGUAAGAGUGCCGAGACUCCUGUAAGUAGUGAAACGGCUGUUGACAGCAGCUUGUGUAUUCGUUUACCUGCACUUUGUGUAAAUACAUGUAUAAAUAUCCAAAACAAGUGGACCAUGGUUCUCAGUAGCCUGUCCAAAUGGUGUGUUUCACAGGCCCCGUACUAAAAGGUUUAUCCUGGAACUGCAGGCAUCGUCUUAUAAGCCAGCUCCACCUGCCAUCGUCAUGGUACAGAGACGAGACUGGCCCUAGAGAGAUCUGGUUCAAGCAACUUUUAGUUGUGUGGCCCUGGACAGAUCACUGAGGCUCUUCCAGCCUUGCUUCUUUUUGUUUUUAAUCUGUAAAGAGACAUUUCUAAAAGAAACUUGCCCUACCUCAAAGGAAUUCUGAAAGAAUUAAGUGACUUUGUGUAAAGGGAUUAUUAUAUGCCUGACAUAGAAAUUUGCUUAACAACUGCUAGCCAUUUUUAUAACAUCCCCAUAGCAGCUUGGAGAUCGUUCAUAUGUUUGGUACGUAUUUAUUGUAAAUCCAACAGAUCCAAAUGCUUUUGAAAGCUGGUGGUCUAGGCAGCUUGGCGCGGUAAGAGUGCUGAGUUUUAACUAUGUCUGUAAAUACCUAAAAGUAUUAGAUGGCCGCCAAAAUUACAUGUGCAUUCUAACCAUAGCGAGUAACUAACCUGGGGGAAUAGAAAGCAACUAUAUUUUUCUUGUGGUUUUUCAAGAAAACAUCCUUUUUAUACAGUUAGAAGAAUCAAUGGCUCUAUCUAAGGCGGUCAUGAUUAAUUUGUGACUAUAGAAAACAAGAUGGAAACAGAUCUAAGAGUACCUUUCCUAAAAUAAAAUAUUUUAAAUUGAAUAAGCGUGUUCUCCAUUCUAAAGGACACGGAACCUUUUAUAUAAGCUCAGAAACAAAUGACCAGGUGUUCCCUGAAUACAGACCAUUCUCAUCCUAUAGCUUCAUGUGGCUGAUGUUUUAGAAGAAACAAAACUCCCAGAGAUGAUUGAGAACCACUCUUCCCUCUUACAUAUAAUCAAAAUAAGGGAAGGCAGCUAGGUUUUACACCAGGCUUCAAUAGCAGUUACACAGCAAGGAGGGCUUUUUUCCUGAUCUCCUUCUUGGAGUCGCCCUGUUCCCAGAUUUCCCUAGGAAAUCAGCACACCUGAUUCACAAAAGGAAGACACAGUGACCUAGAAAUCUUUUAGAAAAUUCAUUUUUUUUUACAACAAUUUUCAUUUUUUCCAUUAUAGCUGGUUUACAGUGUUCUCUCAAUUUGCUACUGAACACAGGUGACCCAGUUACACAUACACACUCUUUUUUCUCACAUUAUCAUGCUCCAUCAUAAGUGACUAGACAUAGUUCCCAGUGCUAUAUGGCAGGAUCUCAUUGCUUAUCCAUUCCAAAGGCAAUAGUUUGCAUCUAUUAACCCCAAAUUCCCAAUCCAUCCCACUCCCUCCCCCUUGGCAACCACAAGUCUGUUCUCCAUGUCCAUGAUUCUUUUCUGUGGAAAGGUUCAUUUGUGCCAUAUAUUAGAUUCCAGAUAUAAGUGAUAUCAUAUGGUAUUUGUCUUUCUUUCUGACUUACUUCACUCAGUAUGAGAGACUCUAGUUGCAUCCAUGUUGCUGCAAAUGGCAUUUUGUUCUUUUUUAUGGCUGAGUAGUAUUCUACUGUGCGUAUAUAUACCACAUCUUCCUAAUCCAAUCAUCUGUCGAUGGACAUUUGGGUUGUUUCCAUGUCUUGGCUGUUGUGAAUAGUGCUGCAAUGAACAUGUGGGUGCAUGUGUCUUUUUCAAGGAAAGUUUUGUCUGGAUAUAUAUAUGCCCAAGAGUGGGAUUGCUGUGUCAUAUAAUAGUUCUAUAUAUAAUUUUCUAAGGCACCUCCAUACUGUUUUCCAUAGUGAUUGUACAAAUUUACAUUCCCAACAGUGCAUUUAUUCAUUUAAAAAACUUACUGACCACCUGCUGGGUUUAAGGUGCCGAUCUAGGGGAAGAUACAGCAGAGAAUGGGAUAGAAGUCCCAGCCUCACAAAGACAGGAAACAGGUAACAUGUCACAGGGUGAGUGAGAAGAGUAACGUAAGGAAAGUUCAAAGCAGGAAAGGGGGCUUGGGAAGAGGGAUGUCAAGAGAUGCUCUGAAAGGCCUUUCUAAAGAUGUACCCUUUGUGCAGAAACUGAAAUGAGAGGCGAGACCUAUCAUCCUUGACCUCCAGUCAGCACCUACCGCAACACCCAAGGAGAUCCUCUCAGGCAGGGGACACAAGUGAGAGGGCCUUUCGCUGAAUAUGCUUAUGGUAUCUGAGGAACAGUGAGCAGGCUGGUGUGGCUAAGUGCAGUCAGGAAGGGGAAGGGGUUGGAGUGGCAGCUGGGGGCAGAUCAUAUCAGCCAUGGUAGGAAUAUGGAUUUUUUUUUGUUAUGGGAGGUUGUUGGGAGAGUUGUGGGCAAGCAAGGGACACAAGCUGCUUUACAAGUAAUACUUUGGUGGUUGUGUGAAGAAGAGACUAGGGGGGUGGGGUCAAAGAUGAAACCAGGGACACCAGAAAGGGUACAGUUGCAAUAAACUAAGAGAUGAUGGUGGCUUGGACAACGUUGAUAAAAUCAGUAGUGAAAGUGGGUUAAAGUAUAUUUGGAAGUCAAAAGUGACAAUUUGCUGAUAGAUUAGGUGUAGGACAUGAGAUGGGCCUCAAGGAUAACCCCAAGGCAUUUGACUUGGGUAAUGGGUAUGUGAUAAGGUCAUUUAACACUGGACGGCAGAGGUCACUCAAAAGUUGUCUCAGGACAUGUUCAUUUUACGAUACUCUCUUGGCUGUCAGGAAGGCUGAUAGAGGGAGUUCUCUUUGUGGUACAGCAGGUUAAGGAUCCAGUUUGUCACUGCAGUGGCUUGGGUUGGUGCUGUGGCGCAGGUUUGAUCCCUGGCCCAGGAACGUCUACAUGCCACGGGCACAGCCAAGGAAGCAAAAAAAAAAACGGCGGCUGAUAGAUAUAACAUCUAGAGCUUCAAAGAAGAGUCAAGCC